AUGCAGAAUGGUUUCGAUUUGGGAAGACCUUUUGUUGAAAAGUACCCAAAAAAUGUGUGUAUUUCCGGUGUUUCUCACAUUGGUUCUCACAAUCAUAAUGGUGUAAUCACUCAAACCCAAAAAGACAAGUCUUUGAUCAGUUACUUUGAAAACCCGAACCUCUCUAAAGAGGCACAAGAAGGAAAAACGAUGGAGUUUAUCUCGCUCUACCAAAACGAGAAAAUUGACUGUACCUAUUUUCCUGAUGCCAAGUGGUAUCGAUACAGAAAAUUGGUUUACAAUGCAUCCUUGAAUACCGUAGCGGCUUUGACCGGUGUGGAUACCGGAAGGCUCCAGCUUUCGGGCGGUUUGGAAGCGGUUUCUAUUCCUGCCAUGCGUGAAGUUAUUGCCAUUGCCAAGGCUGAUGGAGUGGACCUUCCCAAAGAUGUGAUCAAUUUGGUGGUUCAUUCCGACGAUGGCGAUUGGUUUGAACCAUCUAUGCUUGUUGAUGUCAAAAAAGGGAACCCCAUUGAAUUGGAAGUGAUUUUGGGUAAUUUGUUGACGGUUGCAAAAGAGUUGAAAGUGGACACUCCGGUGUUAUCUGUUGUGUAUGAAUUGUUGAAGGUGGUGCAGUUUAGGUUGAAGGAGGGAUGCAACAUAGUUUCAGUUCCAGAAGAGAGACCGGUAGACGACAAGUACUUUGAGUGA